AUGUGGUCUCCUCGAAAGACCAGGUCGCAAACUCGCGGUAAAUCGCCAAAUGCAAGCAGUUCCACAGCGGAGCAUGUUGAGAGAGAUGUACAUCCACCGUUGAAAGCGACGAAUACUGCGCCUGUGACUUGGCUACCUCUAAGUUCAGAUGCAAUGCUGAAGCAGGUACAAAGGCUACCGACGCACGAAGCCGAUCUAUUGCUUCUGAAGCAGCGUAAGCUGCAGGACGAGAACGCUCAAGUUCCAACCUUCAUUAAGUCGUCACAGGCAUCUGGCAGAGCCAACGACACGGCGCUGGCUCAAGCGGCAGCAGCAACUCUCGUCUUCGCCCAUGAAGCUGCAGGAACAGCAGUUUGCAUAUCACCGACUGGUCUGAUCUUGACAUGCUCGCACUGCAUUGCAGAAACGAAACAGGACUACAAAAGAGGCAAGAAGUCCUGGCUCCUCUUCACCUCAGGCGAUCCAGUUCAAGCCAGAGCCGUAGCCUGUGAUCCAUAUCGAGACCUCGCCUUACUGCAGGCCAUCGCUGCUCCGUCUUCGUUCACGAAAUUUCCGUUCAUCCGCCUGGCGGCUACGUCACCAAAGCCCAACAGCCAGCUUCUUUGUAUAGGCCAUCCUGGUAGCGAAGAUCUCGAAGCCGACACAUCUGGGAUCGCCACUGACUAUGAUGUACUACACAUCAGCGAAGGUCGUUUUCGUGGGCUGGCUGUAGAUCAGGAUGCCCAGGACAAUUCGGAGAUUGGGGCGCUGAUGCAUGAUUGCUGGACUCAUUGGGGACAUUCGGGUGCGCCGCUUAUUGAGAAAACCAGUGGUAAGCUGAUCGGCUUGCAUUCCAGCUGGGAUGAUGAGACGGGAAUGAGAAGGGGAGUGGGCUGGGAGGCUCUCAAGGCGUUUCUGGACGAGAACGUGAAAGAUCUGGAGCCCUUGGCCCAUGUAAUGUGA